UAUGAAGAUAAUUUUAACAGUACCCUUUCGGGUUUCGUAGCAGAAAAGGCAUCAUUACAAAAACUAAGAAAAAUAUGCCGAUACUAUGAAAAUAGACGAGGAAUAAAUGUGGAUAAUGUAAUUGCAGAACAUGAUGCACGUGCUGCUCAAUCAUAUUCAUUUUUCGUAAGAAAAGGUUUAUCUGAAGAUGAAUCUUUAGCAGCAGCAUUUGCAAUUUCAUUUUAUACUGGAUCGAAAAGUGAAGCAUGUAGUCGAGGUGCUAGUCUAAUUGCACGGCAAAGUAAUGGAGUCGUUAUUGACGAUAAAACAGUCCAAGAACUGAGUGAAGCAUCGAUUAUUCUUUACUAUUUAGUCAAAGCUCUUUCACACAUACCCUAUUAUUGGGGUUAUGUUACACGAGCUUGUAACUUGAAAGACGAAGAAUUGCAAAUUUAUACAGCUGGUGCUUUAAUCACAUGGAUUCAAUUUAGUAGUUCAAAGAAAGGAAAAAAAGUAGCUAGUAAUGCUGAUUUUGCUGGUCGAAAUACAUUUUUCAAAAUCUAUUCACUGACUGGUCGUCCAAUCAAAGAAUUUUCGAACUAUCCAGAAGAAGACGAAGUUCUCUUUUUACCACAUUCAACAUUUCUCGUCUUCAGACAUGUAACUAGUCAUCAUGGUAGUCAACAUACAAUUUACAUGCGCCAAGUUGAGUUAGGUCUAUCUGCAUGGUCUAUAUUAUGGGUUGAUGAUAAUAUAUUUAAUCCAGAAUGGGAAAAUAAAAAGCAUAUGGAAUAUGCAUCAGCUAAAGAACUGAACAAGAAUGUACAUUUCAUUCCUAAAUCAUCGACAGAAAAUGCUCUAUCAUUUCUUCGAUCUCCCUUCGGACAGAUUCUAAAAAAUCGAAAUACAUUUCGUAUUGUUACUGAUAUGCAUCGUAGCAAUGAACAAUCAUCACCUCAUAAUGCUGGUUCACGUUUGAUAAAAGCAUUAAGACAACUCGGUUUUCGAAACUCAUGUUUUGUAUUCGCAAUGCGUAAAGAUAUAUGUGAUCAAAUUUUGAAAAAUGAAUUAAAUGAUCGAGAACAUCAGAAUGUCAUGGUAUCUACUAAUACAAAUGAUUUAAGAAAGUUUGUCAGUUUUGAAUGA